ACGUUAAUUCAGGAGAUUGAUCAGUUUAUUAUGAAGCAGAGAUAGGGUAGUUCAGUGAGCUAUCCUAAGGUCAUUACCACUAUUAUUUGUGGAUUUCAUGUUUCAAAAGAGUUCGUUCAAAGAUGCCAAAUAAGGACUGUGAUGAACAUAGAGUUAACGCUUUCCUUCGACGAAGUAAAACAGUCGAUUAUGUGAAGAUGUCUGGAAGGCGUGACAGACGGCUGGCCACAAUCCCAGGAGUCAAGGAAGAUGCAGCCCAGAUUCUGGAGAAGUUUUUACAGCGGAAAAUAGCAACCCAAAACAAGGCUGCAGCAGGUGUGACCCCUUAUAACUACCAGAGGGUUGUUAGCUAUGAAGUCACAGAAGACCCCCAGAGGCAUUACCUGAGAAGUGACAGUUAUAAACAAGCAUCAGUUGAUUCUUUUCUUCAUGAUGCAGCAGAUGUGAUUUUUGAAGAUGCCAGUGAGUUUGAAAAAGAAAAUUUUAGAAACAAGACUUCAAGUUUGCCGUCUAGUUACAGAACACGGAUAGAUAAAGAUGUUGUAUUGGACACCAGAACAAAUAACGGCUCACAUUCCCCUUCAAAGAAAUCCGUCCCUAUUGAUUACUAUAAGAAGGGCCAGCUUGGAAAAACUGGCUCCGUUUCCUCGUCUGAUACAGAAGAUGAGUCGCUAUCUGUGAAAAAGGGACGAAGAAAGAAAAGUCUGUUUACGCGUACUAAGGAGCGAUUACGACAUGCUUUCAAAAAGCAGCCUAAUGACGUGGAUGAAAUUUUGAAAGAAAAGGAGAAAAAGUUGAAGAAAUAUCGCACAAAAGCAAAGAAGAAGGCUAAGGCUAAGGACUCAAAAGCUAAAUCUGAGAAUGGUUCCCGUAAAGCACAUGAGGAUGUGUUAGCUGAAGUUCGAACACACACUCAUACUCACAUUCAUCAGGAGGUGCUUCAUCCAAAUGGCAGCAGUGAACAGCCGAUGAUCAUACGAACUGAGGACACGACAGAGGACAUAGAGGUGGAGGAUGAGGUUCAGAUGAGACACACCAAAAAGCGUAUUAGUGUGAAAGAAAGUGAAAAUGGCUUCGGAGGCGUUUUAGGGCGGAUCAGACGAAGCUUCAGUCGGAGAAAGUCUACAGGUGCAAAAGAUGGCUUAUCUGCGUCGAAAUCUGUGGAACCUGUCAUAUCUCAAUUGAACAUGAAGACAGGGCCAAAAUCUACGCCAUUCCAUCGCACAAAUUCUGAACCAGUAUCUGAAGCCCUGGCAUGUGGGAGACAUGAGUACUCUAUGAAUCAGAGAAAGACCUUCUCUGGCAGAGAAAAAGCCAAGGUCACCGAGUUCUUCAGCGAGCUGAUAACUCGCCAGACCCGCGUUGAUGGUGACGCAUCUGACUACGACACUGUGGAAGGUCCAACAGGCAAAUCACCUGGAGGUAGUGGAGGGAACCCUGGAUCAUCUCCGUCUUCGCCCCGUGUUUUGCUUGGUUCAGGGUUAGGUGACGGGCGGAGGUCACGGCUUGGCCUGUCUGGGAUCACCCGACAAGAUGCGGUCAUGGCCCCCCAGGAAUCCUUUGAUCUUGACCUUGACCGACACCAAGUUGACCAAGUUGUCUGUACCAGCAAAGGGAAAAUCGAGACAAGAUCACGAGUCAUUGUGGAUGAAAACUUAAAGCUACCUUCUAAUGUUGUCAUGGAUGGAAAGGAUUACACAGAUCAUCCCCCCGGUAAAGACAGUGUUCCUUUCGAUGAAAAGUCAGAGGAAGAAAAAGAGCAGAUGUAUGAUAUCAUAGCUCGCAAGCUGGCCGACAUUGCUGACGUAUACGUGGAAUCUGAAGCCGAAACACCUAAAGAAGAACUGACGUCUUUAGAGAAAAAGUUGUUAGACUGUUUGCGCGACAAAGGAGAUCAGAUCAACACCGAUAUGAACAUGUCCCCAGCUUUACAAAUGGUGAAGAAUGCCACAUACAGUACGUUCCAGAACACUGUGCAGAAAGCCAUAGGUCAUGAGACGAGUGUCAAACAGAUAGCCAUGUUGUUUCACCUCACUAAAGGUGCUGUUCAGAUAGCUGGUGCUGGUGGUGCCUUAGCCAUGAAGAUUAAAGAGAACACGUUGCGCUACUUCGAGGAUACAUUUGCUGCAUGGAUUGUUGGCCAGGGUGGAUGGGAUUCAAUGCUGGAAGAAUCAGACUCGGAGCUUGAUAUUGUGGAUAAGAAGUAAUACAUUCCGAAAUGUCGAAGUAUUUACAGCUCGAGUGCAACGCUCUGGGGAAAAACAAACCACUAAAUAACCUUGUUGACAUAUGUAUAUGACAAUAUGUUUGCUUGAAGUUACACUAAGAGCUAAAUAAGAAAAUGAUGAAGGUUGAGAAAAGCCUUUAAAGGCUGAAAAGGAAAUCCUAUAUGCAUGUAUACAUCACCACGGAUUUGAUUGAUCCUUCAAAGGAAUUACAUGGGCAAGUACCAGCUGAAGUGUUCUUCAACUGUAGAUCUACCAGUAUUGGGAUCCAGAAAGGCUGCAGACAGUUGAUGCUGUACUCCCCAAGAAUACAGUAAAAGAUGCUGAUGAUGCAUUUCCACAACUGGUGUAUUUAAUGCUAUUAUUUCAGAGCAUGUGUUGUAACAUGGACUACAUACUGUAUAUGUAGUACUAUAAUCUCUCUGUGGUAAUUUGGCAGGAAAGUAUAGAAGGAAGCUUUUAGGUGGGAUUAUAUUGAGUGUUGAACAGGAUGUGGCUUUUUCAUUCACAUUGCAUAAUUUGGUAUUGUUCAUUCCACUUAUUAUUGCCCAUUUGAAUAAAGUGUUGUUAAGGACACGGCAAUUAAUUUGUCCCUUAACCACAGUUGUUAGACCUUAAUUCGGCGUCACAUUAACAGAUUGAGUCGAGUGUUGAAGUUGUAAGUCAGGAGGUUGGUUACAUAACUGUAAUUACAAGUACAAGAAAUGACUACCUUACAGGUUUUCAAUAUCAUUGAUGAAUAAACGGUAGAGUUACAGUACGACUUGUGCCAGAAUUCAUUUAUUGAAGUGACAUGAAUGUUUAUUCACAUAAUUUGUGUCGCAAAUGUAGCGAAGAAAAAACGACAGUAUAGUAUGUCAAAAUUGAUGAAAUAAAAUGGCUUUAUUCAAGAGAAAGCAUGGUCUUCUGCUUUUAGACAGACAAAUCCAGAGAAAUUGGUCUAAAUUAUGCUCAACCAGUGAGUCGGCUGGCGCAUUAGCGCAGCAUAAUGACUCAGGAGCCUCUCGCCAAUGCUCAAGUCCAGCUCAUGUUGGCUUCUUCUCCAGACGUAUGAGGGAGGGUCUGGCAGCAACCUGCCGAUGGUUGUGGGUUUCCCCCCGGACUUUGCCCCGUUUCCUCCCACCAUAAUGCUGGCCGCCGUGGUAUGAACGAAAUAUUCCUGAGUAUGGCGUAAAACAACAAUCAAAUGAAUAAAUAAAUAUAUUGCUGUCAAACAUUUGAUCAUGAUUUUUUUUCAUCUCAUCAGUCUUCUAUAGAGGGGACUUCACUUAAUAAUUCACAGUAGAAUUGUCUUAUCAGUAAUGUGUAUGUGAGUUCUGACUGCUACAGUCCCAUUUCAUGGUAUUAUUUUAUCUGUAUUGUGUUCACUGCUACAGUCCCAUUUCAUGGUAUUAUUUUAUCUGUAUUGUGUUCAAUCUGUGAUAUUUAUUUUCAUCGUUUAUUUGCAAUAUCUGUAAUAAAUGGCAUAAAAUCUUGAUCAUGAUGUUUGUGUCUGGCCAAGUUUUUUUUAUCAAUAAAUGGAGCUUGCGCAAAUGUGUAUUGAUUUGAUAUAACAUUUAUAAUUAUCGGCAAAUGUUUUUGUAUGCAGAAAAUUUGUACCAAUUUUGUAUUUUGUCAUACACGUGUGCAUUGUUGUGGCUUAUGUGACCAGUUGUAUGGAGUGAAAUGCGUGAAGUGUAUUGCCCAUGUAAGCUUACCUGAGGUAACAAGGUGUAAGGUACUGUUUGGAUUUCAUGAGUAUCAGCUGUUUGUUAGAGAAUGGUUGGAUGGAUUUCC